AUGCAGACCGUCAUUGCCCUCGCGUUCGCUGCUACCAUCACCACAUUCAACACUGUCCGCCCGGAAGACCAGUCGACCAGUGAGGACGCCAUGGAAACAGCACCGACGAUCGCGUCCCUGUCCGAGGGGAACGACCUAUUUUCCCUCAUCGACCUCGGCGACGUCGACAUUGACGACUUGUUGAGCAUGGACCCGAACGCUGGCUGUGAUAAGUCUUGCGCGCUCGCCAACCAGCCUCUAUGUGGUUGCGACGGCAUCACAUAUGAGAGUAAAUGCAAAUUUUCUGUUGCUCAGUGUGAAGCGAUAAAAAAAAAAUCGUUCGUGCUGUAUAUUGAGCACUGGGGUAGGUGCACCACUGCUGAAACUGUUGCUGCUGUAAGAAUCAACUGCUAUAAUGAUACCGUCUGCUCGUCCGAGUACAAACCCAUUUGCGGUACCAACAAUGUUACGUACGAGAACGAAUGCGAGUUCGAAGCUGCUCAGUGCAACGUGACCGAAUACGGCGAACUACUGUAUAUGCAGAACGACGGCGAGUACUUUCUAUCCGGCUCGUCCUCGUCUACCAAAGACUCGGCUGCUGGGAGCGGUACCAACACUGGUGAAUAG